GGUUUAGUGAGGGAGAGAAUGACGAAACACGAAAAGUUGCGUGUGUGAAGAGGACUCUGCCUUGUUUGACCGAGUCUCGACUCUCGACUUGUUACGGUAGAUUACUGCCUCGGAUUUCAUUAACGAAGAGGAGUAGAACGAUCCUCUGUUUCAAUUUCCAUUCAUAGAUCGGAAAAUUUUGUUAUAUGUUUUCAUGCUUCGUUCCUCGACGCCCAAGUUCCAGUUUUGGUGCUGUUUUAGGGUUUCGAUGAAUUAGGGUCUACGAAAUUGAUUCAGAAGAUGAUGAUAUCAAGAGGGCUUUUCGGCUGGUCUCCGCCGCACAUACAACCGUUAACACCCGUUUCGGAAGUAUCAGAACCCCCUGAGUCUCCGUCGCCAUACUUGGAUAACAAUGAGGCAGUGCCCGUGGAGGAUGAACAGGAGAUUGAGGAGGCGGAGGAGAUCGAGCCACCGCCUGCUGCGGUUCCUUUCUCGAGGCUUUUUGCUUGUGCCGAUGGCUUCGACUGGUUUUUGAUGGUUGUUGGUUCUUUAGCUGCUGCGGCUCAUGGGACGGCCCUUGUUGUCUACUUGCAUUACUUUGGGAAGGUUAUUCAGCUCCUUGACUGGCAUAACUCCUCUGGUGGUCCAGAAGAGCUAUUUCAGAGGUUUACGGAGCAUGCUUUAUACAUUAUCUAUAUAGCAUCAGGUGUUUUUGCUGCUGGGUGGAUUGAGGUCUCGUGUUGGAUCCUGACUGGAGAGAGGCAGACUGCAGUCAUCAGGUCAAAGUAUGUACAAGUAUUACUCAACCAGGACAUGAGUUUUUUUGACACGUAUGGGAACAAUGGUGACAUUGUUAGCCAAGUACUGAGUGAUGUGCUGCUCAUUCAGUCUGCUCUUAGUGAGAAAGUUGGAAACUAUAUCCAUAACAUGGCAACGUUUUUUAGUGGCCUGGUGGUUGGAUUGAUCAACUGUUGGGAGAUUGCACUCAUCACAUUAGCGACUGGGCCAUUUAUUGUUGCUGCAGGAGGAAUAUCAAACAUAUUUCUCCACAGGCUUGCUGAAAAUAUUCAAGAUGCAUAUGCUGAGGCUGCGAGCAUUGCUGAGCAGGCAGUCUCCUACAUUAGGACCUUGUAUGCAUUCACAAAUGAAACAUUGGCCAAGUACUCUUAUGCCACUUCACUCCAGGCGACACUGAGAUAUGGUAUACUUAUAAGUCUGGUGCAAGGUCUUGGACUUGGAUUUACAUAUGGACUUGCAAUAUGUUCUUGUGCUUUGCAACUUUGGGUUGGAAGGUUCCUAAUUUUGCAUGGAAAAGCCCAUGGUGGUGAAAUUGUAAUAGCUCUCUUCGCUGUGAUUUUGAGUGGCCUUGGUCUAAAUCAAGCAGCAACAAACUUCUAUUCAUUUGAGCAAGGGCGAAUUGCUGCGUACAGACUCUAUGAGAUGAUAAGCCGUUCAACUUCUUCUGUUAAUCAGGAUGGAAAUAUCUUAGCAUCUGUGCAAGGAAACAUUGAAUUCCGGAAUGUGUAUUUCAGCUACCUCUCUCGUCCUGAAAUCCCUAUCUUAAGUGGUUUUUACCUAACUGUACCAGCUAGAAAAACUGUGGCACUUGUUGGCAGGAAUGGGUCAGGAAAAAGCAGUAUAAUUCCUCUCAUGGAACGAUUUUAUGAUCCUACAUUAGGAGAAGUACUUCUGGAUGGUGAGAACAUUAAAAGCUUGAAACUGGACUGGUUGAGAAGCCAAAUAGGACUUGUCACGCAGGAACCUGCCUUGCUAAGUUUGAGCAUUAGGGAUAAUAUUGCUUAUGGACGGUCCAAUGUUACUUCUGAUCAGAUUGAAGAAGCUGCUAAAAUAGCACAUGCUCAUACUUUUAUCAGCUCGCUUGAGAAAGGAUACGAGACACAGGUUGGUAGGGCAGGUUUACCAUUGACGGAAGAACAGAAAAUAAAACUUUCUGUUGCUAGAGCAGUACUUUCAAAUCCAUCUAUUCUUUUACUUGAUGAAGUCACUGGUGGCCUUGAUUUUGAAGCAGAAAGGGUUGUUCAGGAGGCUUUAGACAUUCUCAUGUUGGGACGUUCAACUAUAAUAAUAGCUCGGCGGCUUAGCCUUAUAAGGAAUGCUGAUUAUAUAGCUGUGAUGGAGGAGGGCCAACUUGUUGAAAUGGGUACACAUGAUGAAUUGCUAGCUCUUGAUGGCCUAUACGCAGAACUUCUCAGAUGUGAAGAAGCAGCAAAGCUUCCUAAGAGGACGCCUAUAAGGAAUCACAAGGAAAUCACAACUUUCCAAAUUGAAAAGGAUUCUUCAGCAAGUCACAGUGUUCAAGAACCAUCAUCUCCUAAGAUGGCAAAAUCACCCUCUCUUCAGAGAGUGCAUGGAGGUCAUGCAUUCCGGUCCUCAGAUGGAACCUUCAGCUCGCAAGAAUCGCCAAAAGUUCAGAGCCCACCGUCAGAGCAAAUGUUGGAAAAUGGAAUGGCCUUGGAUGCUGCAGAAAAGGCCCCAUCCAUAAAAAGGCAGGACAGUUUUGAAAUGAGGUUGCCAGAUCUACCCAAGCUUGAUGUUCAUCCUGAACAUCGGCAGGUGUCGUCAAAUGCUUCAGAUCCUGAAUCCCCUAUUUCACCACUUUUGACAUCUGAUCCUGCAAAUGAACGCUCCCACUCAAAGACCUUUAGUCGACCCCUCAGUCAAUUUGAUCAUAUGCCUGUGAAACUGAAGCAGCCAAAGGAUACACAACAUCAGAAACCUCCAUCAUUUUGGAGGCUUGCUGAACUUAGUUUUGCAGAGUGGCUUUAUGCUGCUUUAGGGAGUACUGGUGCUGCAAUUUUUGGUUCAUUUAACCCCCUUCUUGCUUAUGUCAUUGCACUGAUAGUGACGGCGUAUUAUGGACCAAGUAAAGGUGCCAACUUAAGCCAUGAAGUGGACAAAUGGUCCCUGAUCAUUGCCUGCAUGGGUAUUGUCACAGUGGUUGCCAAUUUUUUGCAGCACUUCUAUUUUGGCAUCAUGGGAGAAAAAAUGACUGAACGAGUUAGGAGAAUGAUGUUCUCAGCAAUGUUGCGUAAUGAAGUUGGAUGGUUUGAUGAAGAGGAGAACAGUGCUGACAACUUAUCCAUGCGUUUGGCAAAUGAUGCUACAUUUGUACGUGCUGCUUUCAGCAACAGGCUUUCUAUAUUUAUCCAAGACACCGCAGCUGUUGUUGUGGCUGUUCUCAUAGGGAUGCUACUGGAGUGGCGGCUGGCACUUGUGGCUUUGGCAACCCUACCUAUUCUUAUUGUUUCUGCUAUUGCACAGAAGUUGUGGCUUGCUGGGUUCUCAAGAGGCAUACAAGAAAUGCAUAGGAAGGCAUCUUUGGUCCUUGAGGAUGCUGUUAGAAACAUCUACACUGUGGUGGCAUUCUGUGCUGGUAACAAGGUGAUGGAGCUCUACAGAUUUCAGCUGGGGAAAAUAUUCAGACAGAGUUUAAUCCACGGGAUGGCCAUUGGUUUUGCCUUUGGAUUUUCGCAGUUCCUGCUUUUUGCCUGUAAUGCCCUCCUCCUCUGGUACACUGCCAUCUCCGUUAAAAGGGGUUAUAUGGACCUGCCCACUGCUAUCAAGGAGUAUAUGGUCUUCUCCUUUGCGACUUUUGCGCUUGUGGAGCCAUUUGGGCUGGCUCCAUACAUACUUAAGCGGCGCAAAUCUCUUAUUUCAGUAUUUGAGAUCAUAGAUCGUGUCCCUAAGAUUGAUUCAGAUGAUAAUUCGGGACUAAAGCCGCCUAAUGUGUAUGGAAGCAUCGAAUUGAGAAAUGUUGAUUUUUGUUAUCCAACUCGUCCUGAGGUGAUGGUAUUGAGAAAUUUCAGUCUCAAAGUCAGUGGAGGACAAACUGUAGCAGUAGUAGGAGUUUCAGGUUCUGGAAAAAGCACUAUAAUCUCUUUGAUAGAGAGAUUCUAUGAUCCAGUCGCUGGUCAAAUUUUACUGGAUAGCAGAGAUGUGAACCUGUAUAACCUUAGGUGGUUGAGGAGCCACUUGGGUCUUGUUCAGCAGGAGCCAAUUAUCUUUUCAACAACUAUAAGGGAGAACAUCAUUUAUGCAAGGCACAAUGCUACUGAGGCUGAGAUGAAAGAGGCAGCAAGAAUAGCUAAUGCUCACCAUUUCAUCAGUAGCUUGCCUCAUGGUUACGACACACAUAUUGGCAUGAGGGGUGUCGAUCUAACACCAGGACAGAAGCAGAGAAUUGCCAUUGCCAGGGUUGUGCUAAAGAAUGCUCCAAUCUUAUUAUUAGAUGAGGCCAGCUCCUCGAUCGAGUCUGAGUCAAGUCGUGUGGUUCAGGAAGCGCUUGAUACCCUGAUAAUGGGAAACAAGACUACUAUUCUUAUUGCCCAUAGAGCAGCAAUGAUGAGACAUGUAGACAACAUUGUAGUUCUCAAUUGUGGACGUAUCGUGGAGCAAGGAACACAUGAUUCUCUGGUUGCAGCUAAUGGUCUGUAUGUCCGAUUGAUGCAACCUCACUUUGGGAAGGGCUUACGCCAGCAUCGACUUGUCUAGGUGGGGGGGUUUAUGAUUGAUGUAAUUUAUAGUCUUCUGGGCCAUGUUCUCAUUCCACCCAUCUCCUGACAGCCAGAUACAGAAAACCGCGAGAUCUUUCUGGAUAAAAUCAAUUGGUGGUGGGGCUUUGCAGUAUGGGUGGAGAGAACUAAUGGGUCUGUGACAAUGUUUAUUUGGAGGGUUUCGGGGCUGAUUUUGGUUAGCGCUGUUCAAAGUUAGGUUUGAGAAAUUGGAAAUUGUUGGGUUUCAGCUGGGUGGAUAGAGCCAAGGAGUGUCUAAAGGACAUGCCCUAGGGGCAGUGUGAUGCAUAUUCUUUUGGAGGCACACAUUCUGAGAGAAGGAUUGUGCUCUCCGUGGUGUAUUAAUUUGUUAAAUAUUCAAUGAGGCUUAGUGAUCUUCUUCAGGUGUCAAAUGAGAAAUCUGUGAUUCAUUUUUGACAAAACUUAUGUUAUCUUUUCUUGUAGAGUUUUAUUGUUCAAUAGAGUCAAAAUUCAGUGUUUUUUGGCCCCAUAAA